AUGAUGGUGAUGAUGAUGAUGAUGAUUAUUAUUAUUAUUAUCUACGCAUUGGCGUCAGCAUCAGCAUCGUUGCAGACGGACGCCUUUGGAGACAAUUCCGCCAAGUACAGACAGCGCAUGCAGCCUGUGGCUCUUGUUCUUGCCAUUCCCAUCGCCUCACCGUCACCAGUUCGGUGCGGUAGCUGGCACCCGUUCGCCCAAUCGUCUGUUCGUCUGCUCGUCCCAUUCUCGCCCUUUUGCCUCCACUUGCCACACCACAAACACACAAGCACACACAACGGGAGACAAUCGUCACUGGCAUCAUCAUGGACUUCAUCAUUCAGCUUUCGGCCUUGCUCGGUCGAACUUUCGCGAACCGGUUACCAUGGCAGCCUACUUGUCCAUGUGCCGAUUGACUGCCCGAAGCAGAGGCACUCGAUCCGAGCGUACUUUGCUGCAGACGAAUCACACCCGAGCACCGUCGCGACGCGUCGAAGAUUGCCGCUCGGUCGACUUGGCAACGCUCGUAGCCUUCCGCUACCUUUUUCCAACUGCCCCGAAGCACCACCGAUUUGUGGCAAAUUAGAGUGUUUGUUUGGAAAAAAUGGCCUUUUUUUAGGCUGUACCUGUUCUGCCCAAGACGCUUUACAGACAAGCCCUUGCGCAAAUUGUACCAUCAGUCGGCAACUGUUGCGUUUCGCUGGGACGAAGGUCAGUCGGCUGUGA